GUUAUCGUUCGUUUGGCUUUUCAUCUCUGGGCAUUGAUACUGGCCGCAGGAGCGUCAUGUCUGGAAACAUGCGAGGGUUUCCCGUCCUGAAAGCCUGCGCAUAUACGAAUGCCAUGUUGGUAUUUCUGGGACCAGACCGGGUAUUGCAUCAUACAAUGAGUUUACUGAGAAGGUCUUGCCACAUGUCAAGGAGCAGGGAUUCAAUGCAAUACAGGUGAUGGGUCUCCAAGAGCACAAUCGGUACAGCAGCUAUGGCCAUGAGGUAACCAACAACCGUCUGGGCCUAUAUGUCAUCAUGGAUAUUGUCCAUUGUUAUGCUUCGAAUGAAGGAUUAGGGCAAUUUGACGGCAAGAGCGACUCUUAUUUCUAUCGCGGUUCUAAAACUGGGUAUCACAAAGGUUUACGAAUGUUCAAAUACGGGGAGUACGAGAUCAUGCGAUUCCUGGUCUCCAACUUGAGAUGGUGGGCGGAGGAGUAUCGAAUUGACGGAUUCCAUUUUCAUAACGUGACGGCAAUGAUAUACAAGCACCGGGGAUUAGAGUUUGACCGCAAGGGCUCAGCAGCACAAUACUUUGAGAGAGUGGAUCAAGACGCAAUUCUGCUUUUGAUACUGGCUAACGAUAUCAUCCACGAGUUCAAUCCGAAUGCCAUAACAAUUGCGGAGGAGGUUACCUCUUAUCCAGGCCUUUGUGAGUCCACUAAUCAAGGGGGAUUGGGAUUCGAUUAUUGUGUGACGAGAGGUCCUGCAGAAAUGUGGGCUUGGCUGGUUGAAACUGUUCCCGAUGAAGAAUGGAGCAUGACUCAGCCGGUGUCUUUUGACAUCCUCGACACCAAGUUCGACAUGAUUCUAGGCAUGUCUUGGUUGCGUAGCACCGAUCAUCUGGUGAACUUUCAGGACCGAACCGUUCACAUCCGUGAUCGGAACGGAGUGUUAGUCCCAUGUACGGUCGCGACCCCUCACACUUCGAUUGCUUGCAACGUGGUUUUCAUUGCGAGAAUUCACGGCGCCAUUGCUCGGAAUGACGUCGAGGAGAUGGGCCUUGUAUUCUUGCAUGCUCUCCCCUCGCCGGACGGACCAGUCGCGUCACGGCCGGACCCACGCAUUUCUCAUCUCUUGGACGAGUAUAGAGACGUCUUCGAGGCUCCCACCGGAACGGUUCCAGAUCGGCCCAUAAGUCACGGGAUCACUCUCGAGGCUGGCGCCGUCCCUCCGCGUGGAUGUAUCUACCGCAUGAGUGAAGAGGAACUCGAUGUGCUUCGCGCACAACUCGAUGACCUUCUCGACAAGGGUUGGAUUCGCCCUAGUUGCUCACCAUACGGUGCCCCUGUUCUCGUCGUCCGGAAGAAGAACAAAGAUCUACGGUUAUGCAUCGAUUAUCGGAAACUUAACGCACAAACCGUAAAGAACGUCGGCCCUCUCCCUCGGAUUGAUGAUCUUCUUGGGCGGUUAGGCGGCGCGACGUACUUCUCGAAGUUGGACUUGAAGUCAGGUUACCACCAGAUUGAAAUCCAGCCUCAAGACCGGUACAAGACCGCAUUCAAGACGCGGUACGGGCAUUUUGAGUGGGUUGUCAUGCCUUUUGGCCUCACCAAUGCCCCCGCGACUUUCCAAGCAGCAAUGACGACUAAGUUUCACGACUUGCUCGAUCGCAGCGUCCUCAUCUACCUUGAUGACAUCUUGGUUUACAAUAGGACGUUGGACGAGCACAUCGUACACCUUCGCGUUGUUCUGGAUCGUUUGCGACUAGCCAAGUACAAAGCGAAUCUCGACAAGUGCGAAUUCGCCAAGCAAGAGCUUGAGUACUUGGGUCAUUUUGUCACGCCGAAAGGCAUUCGUCCCUUAGAGGACAAGAUCCAAGCCAUCGUGGAUUGGCCGGAACCCCGUUACUUCAGUCCCGAAGGUGCCCUUCGAGUUCGACGACGCAGCCCGGACGCUUCGGGAUACGGUAUUGGUGCGGUGUUGGAACAGUGUCACGAGGACGGUUGGCAUCCGGUCGAGUACUUCUCCCAAAAGGUGUCUCUCGUAAACACUCUCGACGACGCUCGGAAGAAAGAGCUACUCGCGUUCGUCACCGUUCUCAAACGGUGGCGCCACUUUCUUCUCGGUCGUCGGCGUUUUAAAUGGAAUACGGACAACAAUCCGUUGACCUUUUACAAAACGCAGGAUACGGUCACUAGUACGAUCGGUCGAUGGAUGUAUUACAUCGACCAGUUCGACUUUGACCCGUGCCACAUUCCCGGUCCCGCCAAUCGAGCUACGGACGCCCUCUCGCGACGGCACGACUUUUGUGCCAUUGUGACCACGACAUUCGAUCUCGAUGACGAUCUGCAGCCGCAUUUCAUCAAAGGCUACAAGUCUGAUCCGACUUACUCUACGCUUUACGCGAAGCUUUCAUCGGAUCACCCGCCUGCUAGCCACUAUCCGAUUUCCGACGGGUUCCUUCUCCUUCACACGAGAGGAAAGGACUUGCUAGUUGUUCCCCAAGAUCGCAUCUUACGGACUCGUCUUCUCGGCGAAUUCCACGAUGCACGACUUUCGGCACACCUUGGAGUGAACCGCACAUUAGCACGCCUCCGCCAGCGUUUUCACUGUCCCGACGUCCUUCAUGACGUCACGAGGUACAUUGAGUCAUGUGCAGUUUSCCACCGUAACAAGGGUCGAUCUCGGGUCCCCUUCGGCGAACUGAAACCGUUGCCGAUUCCUCGGGCACCACGCCUCUCCAUUGCUAUGGACGUGACAGGCCCGUUUCCCCGCGAUCGMCACGGCCAUGAYGGUAUUCUCACGGUCGUUGACCGUUUGAGCAAGUAUGCUCGCUUCCUUCCUUGCAAGUAUCAUGCUGCAGCGCCUGAGCUCGCACGACUCUUGCACACCGGUUGGAUUACCAACCAGGGUAUGAUCAAACUUAUGAUGCUGUCCGUCAGUGGAGGGGCUUAUUUGGCAUUCAUGGGGAGCGAGUUUGGAAAUCCUGAGCGAGUGGAGUUUCCCUCGGCUGCAAAUGGGAAUUCAUUCAAGCGAGCCGUCGUGCAAUGGGAGCUUCUCAACGACCGAAAUCUUCCAUUCCAUCUCUUAGCUCAGUUUGAUAAGAGUCUGAUGAAUAUGGACGAGGUGCACAAGGUGAUUGCCGGGGACGGAUUGGUUUUGAUGCAAGUCAAUGAGAAACGGAAGGUGGUAGUGUUCCAGAGGGGCGACGUCGUCUUCGUGUUCAACUUCCAUCCAACUUCUGCGGUGGACCGUUUGGCUGUUGGCGUCCCAGUGUCUGCUGAAUAUAAGCUUAUUUUUGAUACAGAUGCUCCGGAGUUUGGUGGCUUAGGAAGGCGGGACGCAGAGAAGCGGCAGGGAAGCUUGCAAACUGUCCGAAAGAAUUUGGAUGGACAUCGACAUUGCGUCAGCUUCAGUUCUCCGGCGCAAACAGCGCAGGUGCUGCUCCCCACCAAUAGAUGGAGCCUCGCCGAAAAGUGUUAGUGGUGGCUGCUCUUAUCAGCACUCCUAACACUGUCUGGGGCUGUUCACAAAAAAAAAAA